ACUUAAGGGUUGCAAGUGGGGUAAAUGUUUUGUGGUGCUUACAUUUCGCUCUCGCCUGGGUACAUUGAUUCACUCCUGAACUUGCAUCAAUUGCUAUAAUUUUGGCUAUUUUACAUCGACGUUGGGGCAACAUGUCGGUUGCGUCUGCAUCAAUACAGUUUUUUACUCGUUUGUUACGAUAUCGAACGAAAUGUGCCUUUCCGUUUCACGCAGCAUCUAGGAUUUUAAUAUCACCAUACCUGCCCCAGGUCUUUGGCGGUAAUAAGGUGCUACUGGGCACCAGUGCACAGACACUCAGGUCAGAGGAGAAGGUGACUGUCUAUUUCAUCAACCGCGAUGGGCGGAAGAUCACCACUUCAAGUGCCAAGGGCAACAGUCUUCUAGACCUGGUGGUCGAACAAAACCUAGAUAUUGAAGGUUUUGGUGUGUGUGAGGGGACCCUGGCCUGUUCCACCUGUCAUGUGAUCCUGGAUCAGAAGGUGUACAACCAGCUGGGGCCCAUCACUGAUGAGGAGAAUGACAUGCUGGACCUGGCCUUUGGCCUCACUGAUACGUCUCGUCUGGGUUGUCAGGUCUGCCUAUCCAGAGAUCUGGAGGGCAUAACGGUCCGUGUGCCAGACGGGGUGAACGACAUGCGGCGAUCUGACGAUGCUGGACCUACACUGUAAAGCAUCUUGUUGUUUUACAGUAUUAUACAAAACUAACAGUAAAGUACUAUAUUAAUGAUUAAUUGCCCUAAAUCGAAAUGCAAUCUGGGUGGUUUUAGGUCUAACUGAUUAAUUGAUACUAUACAAUUCCAAAGAAACUUGGUUUAACAGUACAUUCCUGUUAAAAAGCGCUAUAUUUCCAAUGGUACUGUAAUUCCACCCCACAGACUACUGUACUCUUCCCUGUAGUGGUUUCAUGUUAUUGUUGUUUUCAUUAACAUAUUAUGAGGUGUGCCUUGUAAGAGGCUGCAUUUGUUCCACCGGUUAGUGAGAGUGAGGUACCAAUUUAACUGAUACAGUAUGUGGUGGUAGUAGUGCCUCAACAAUUGAAUGUGCAUACAGUAGGGGACAGAUUGGAGUGGCAGCAAGUCUUACACCUUUAAUGGUUUAGUAUUUGCCAUGUUCUUUGGUCUGUUUUGCCCUUUAUUCACUGCCAGUUUAGAAACCUUUGUUAAGGCCUCUAGAAGUGCAAGUGGUAUACAGUACCAGUCAAAAGUUUGGACACACCUACUCAUUCAAGAGUUUCUUUAUUUUUACUAUUUUCUACAU